AUGGAAAAAGGAUCAAAUGAUGAUGUAUUUAUUACGCCCAAGAAAAGAAUAAAAUUUGGAUCAUUUGAAUUUGUUAAACCAGAUUUUAACUAUAUUAUGCCAAAUUUUCUAUGUUGCAAUGGUUCUCAUAAAAAUGGAGUUUAUAAAGGACAUGUUAAUGUUAGGAAAAAAAAUGAUGACAGGAAACAAGAUGUUUCUUCUUAUGAUAAAAAGAUCGUAAAUGAAAAUAAUUACACAUCUAAAGCAAUAGGAAAUUUUUCAAGUAAUCAAUCAAUUAAUAAUGAAAUUUCAUUAAAUUAUUCAUCCAAUACUAGUGCCAUAAAUAGGAAAGAAAAUGUACUUACUCCAACAAACUCUAAUUCAAAUGUACCUGAUAUUUUUAAAGCACCAUCAUUAGACUUCCGAAGUCCUUACAUGGUAAAUGAAAAAUCUUCUAAAGAACCAGUGCAUGAUGACAUUGAGGAUGAUUUUUUUCAAGAUAUUGAUGUUGAUUAUUUUGUAGAAGAUAAUUCUUCAGAGAAAUGUAUUAAUUAUUCAGAAAAUAACAUAAAUAAAAAAAAUGAUAAUGUAAAUAAUGUCUCUGUUUCAAAUUUCCAAGAAUCUAAUGUUUCUAAUUUGUCAGAAAAUGUAAUAGUAAUAGAUGAUGAUUUUUCCGAUGAACUUGAUGUUUGUGAAUUCAUACCACAAAAUCCUCUAUCUGUUAGUAAUAAUUCAAAUUUUGCAAAUGAAACUUUAAAUGAUUCAUCAUGUCUGGAUGAUGAAGAUAUAGAUUUUGAUAUCGAAAAUAGAGAAGACAUGCAUGGAAAAUUCCGCGGGUUUUUGAUUGACGACGGUGAAAAGUAUAUGGAUGAAACUAAACAUCUUUCAGAAGAAGUGAUUAAAAAAAUGCAUAGACAGAAGGCUGCUAUUGUAGCAUCUUUGGCCGGGGAAGAUGUUUUUAUAUUAAUGCCUACAGGAGCUGGAAAAUCAUUGUGUUAUCAACUUCCAGCUGUAAUAGAAGAUGGAGUUACAAUUGUGAUAUCUCCAUUACGUUCCUUGAUUAGUGAUCAAUGUGAUAAGAUGAACAAACUCGGUAUUAAGACAGAAAAGUUAACGAGUGACGUUACCAUGACGAACUGUAAUAAAAUUUACAAUAGUUUGUAUGAUAUUAAUAGUGGAAUAAAAUUGUUGUAUGUUACUCCUGAAAAAGUAGCUUCUGCUCCACGUUUUUCAGAAAUUUUAAGACACCUUCAACGUCAUGGAAGACUACGUCGAUUUGUAAUUGAUGAAGCACAUUGUGUCUCCCAAUGGGGUCAUGAUUUUAGACCUGACUACACAAAACUUAACACUCUUAGAGAAUUAUUUGAUAAUCCAAAAAUUCCAAUUAUGGCUUUAACAGCAACAGCAACACCUAAAAUUGUCACAGACACAAAAAGAUUAUUGGGUAUCAAUUCUUCAAAAUUAUUUAUUUCUACUUUUGUUCGUCCCAAUCUAAAGUAUGAUGUUGUAGAAAAAUCAGCAGCCAAUAAAAAAAAAUUACUUGAAGAUAUGUUUAAAAAAUAUCCAAAAGGAUCUGGUAUUUUAUUUUGUUUUUCAAAAAAUGACUGUGAUAAUGCAAAAAAACUUGUUGAAAGUCUUGGGGUAAGUGCAGUUAUUUAUCAUGCAGGCCUUUCCAGCAAAGAGCGUUCUGCAGCACAAGAUAGUUGGAUGUCAGGAAAGGCAAGAGUUGUCUGUGCAACAAUUGCUUUUGGGAUGGGUAUUGAUAAACCAGAUGUCAGAUUUGUAAUUCAUAUGACAAUGUCUAAAAGUAUUGAAGGUUACUAUCAAGAAAGUGGUAGAGCCGGAAGAGAUGGUUUACCAUCACAUUGUGUUAUUUUGUAUAAUUAUACGGAUUGUGUUAAAUUAAGAAAAUUUGUUGAAGAUCCAAUUGAAAAUGAAGAUGGAAGCAAAAUUUUAAAAUCUGAUGCUGUCAAAAAAAUGCAACAUACAAAUAUAAAUGAGAUGAUAGCGUAUUGUGAAAGUGUAUCAAUAUGUCAAAGAAAACUACUGGUAGAACAUUUUGGAGAAAUAUAUGAUUCUGCAGAUUGUAUGGCUGAUCAAGUUACUUGUUGCAAAAAUUGUAGCAAAGUAGAAAAAAAGCGAUACUAUUUAUGUGAUAUGACGGAAGUUGCUUCACUUGUUCUUAAUUCUAUUAAAUUUAUGACUCUAACUGUAAAGCAAAUUUCAGAAUGUUUAAGAGGAAAAAUUAAAAAUAGUGAUACUGGUAAAGGAAGAAAAAUUGUAGAACUUCCAAUGUAUAAUAAAACUGGAUUUUUAACAGAUACUGAUGCUUGUAGAUUAGCAAUUAAGCUUAUAACGGAUGGUUUUGCUUAUGAACAAAUUCAUACACUUGUAUGUGGAAGAAAUAAUGUAACAUUUGUUGGAUAUGUAAUGUUAAGUGAAGAUGGAAAAAGAUUUUUGUCAUCAAAUCCCACACCAAAAUUUUAUAUUCAUAUGCCUGUUGCAAAGUUUACACUUAAUGAUAUCUCUAACAGUUAUCUUAUGACUAGAGUUAAUAUCAAAGAAGCUGAAGCUUUAAAAGAAAAAUUUAAAAUAAAACAUAAAGAAGUAUAUCAAUGUGCUAAAUUUGGACUUCAAUCAUUAAGAUCCCAAAUUGCCAAAGAAGAAAAAAUAUUGGAUCCUAGAAAGAUAUUUACUGAUGAAGCUGUUGAUCAGAUUGCAGCUCUCCUCCCAAGAACUAAUACUGAGUUACUAUCAAUUGAUGGUAUGUCUUUAUUCAAAAUUAAAAAAUAUGCUGGAAGAUUGAUGUCAACAUUAAAAGAUUUUUGGAAAAUGGUUGAUAAUAAUGAUCAUGUUAAAAUGACAAGAGAAUUGGAUAUGUUAACUAGUGAUACUAAUAAAUUUAUUGGUAGCUCAGUUAAUCGAUCAACAUCAUUUAAUUCUGGACCAUCAUUUAGUAAAGGUAAUAAGUUUUCAUAUAAAUCAGGAAAAAGUUAUGGUGGAAAAGGAGGUAAAAAACGUACUGCUCCUUCUAAUUUUAGUAGUGGAGAUUCUUCUUCAUCAACCAAUACAUAUAAGAGAAAAAGAAAAGUUUAUAAUUCUGAUUUUAUUAUUAGAGAUGUUUAA